AUCCGACAGCACUAUCCGAACUGUGGAGAAGCUAGAAGAUUGUCUAGAGGAAGCACUGUUGACUGAGACCAAAUCCAUAUGUGUCGGUCGCUUUAUGGCCGUCCUGUACAAACCCCAAGGCCCCUUCAAAGGCCUCGAGUUUUAUGCCAGUGAGACUGAGGUCAUGUCAGAGAAAGCUGUCGCCAACAGCACACUGAGUGUUCAGCUGCCCAGUGAGUUGGACGUCGGACCAAACAACCCGAUUGUGUUCUGUGUGCUUACCUGGCCUGAAAAACAGGGGCACAUAUGGGGAUCCCCAGGUGUGGUGCAUGGGAGCAAACUGGUUGGCCUGAGUGUGGGGACAAAGAACAUUUCAGGACUACAGGAGCGUGUCAACAUCACCAUGAAUCUUACCAUGGGCGUAAAUGAGACCGAAGAACCCAGUUGUGUGUUCUUUAAUUUUACAGAAGAGAAAUACAGCAGUAACGGUUGCCUAACGUUGUGGAAACGAGGUCAGAGUCAUGUCACCUGCUCCUGUGACCACCUCACGUACUUUGGCGUACUCUUGGUUUCAGCUUCCCUCUCACCUACAGACCAGAAGGUCCUCACAUACAUCAGUCUGAUUGGCUGCAGCAUUUCUCUCUUCGCCCUCGUCAUCACUUUUCUGCUCUUCAUCUCAAAAAGAAAAAUCCGUGGAGAUGUGUCUAUGAAGGUCCACAUCAACCUCGCCAUUGCCCUGAUCCUCCUUAACUUGCACUUCCUCCCUAGUGGAUUAGUCGCAGCAACGUCCUCCCGCGGGGUUUGCCUCUACAUGGCGCUUUUGCUUCACUACUCCCUGCUGGCCACCUUCAGCUGGAUGGCUGUGGAGGGCUUCCACCUCUACCUUCUCAUAGUCAGGGUCUUUAACAUCUAUGUACGGAAAUAUCUGCUCAAACUCAGCUUGGUGGGAUGGGGUGUUCCUGCAGUCAUCGUGUCCCUGGUGGUCAUCAUAGACAUAGACGCUUAUGGCCGUGUUCUUCUCGACUCAUCUGAACCCAACAGCACUGCAGUAUGCUAUAUAGGCAAUGACAUUGUGAAGAUGGUAACUACAGUAGGGAUGUUCGGCUUGGUGUUUAUCUUUAACCUGAUCAUGUUUGGGGUGGCAGUCAGACGUGUUGUCAGCCCCCACCAUAUCAAAGAGUUUGGGCAGACAGACCGUGACAGAGCCAAGCGAGACAUCAUCACCCUACUGGGAGUCUCCACUUUACUUGGCAUCACCUGGGGCUUGAUCUUCUUCUCAUUCGGCCACCUGACUACUCCUAGCCUCUAUCUCUUCUGCAUCAUUAAUUCACUGCAAGGUUUCUUCAUCUUCCUGUGGUUCGUCAUGUCUUUGAGAAAGAUUGGAAAGCCAUCUACUACUACGAGCAUUGAAACACGUAGCUCCAACGGCUAAGCAUACUGACAACACACUCAAAUAUUUGGUGUCCGCAUGUGUGUGUUUGUCAGAGGGAUUCAUACUGUGAUUAUGUUACUUGUAAUUAUGUACUAUAAUUAGUUUGCCCAUAUUAUUCAUACUUACGAGUUUAAUGUACACCAUAUAGCCAACGUUCUAACCAGUCAUGUAGUGUUAUAUGUCUUAUAUUAAAAUGUAGGUUUCCUCAUCUAGAGAUAAGGUUGAGUGUUAUCCAAACAUGCAGUGUGUGGGGAUUGCAAGAUAGUGAUAAAACUUGUCAAAACAGGUGUAUUUCUUUGCAGAUUUAUAAAAAGAGUGUUCACAAGUAGGAAACUUUAAAAUGUAUAUUUUUAUGAAAAACAUUUUUUUAAUUUUUUUCCCUAAGCGGAUCUAUUUUGUAAUAUCUCAAAUCUA